GGCCAAUCAGUAAAUCAAAGCCACUGCAUUUCCUGAGUUGAAAUUGCACAUCUUGAAAGAGCUCUUUAUUAUAGUUGUGCUACGUUUGCCUUUAUUCAGUCGUCACCCUUUAAUAUUCUGCAAGAUACGAGCAACGACGGAAAAGAUGAUCAAGUCAACGCAGAUCGCGAGGUUAGAUGGGCUCAUGCUAUGCGCAUCGAUCGAUGACGAGGCUACUGAGAAUGCCCUCACGGAAAUCAAAUCAAACGUUAAGAUGGUUCUGAGGCGGUUAAACCGCAACUCAGAACCACAAGCCAGUAUUGAAAGCGGGGCCUACACAUUACAUUACCUCAUCGUCAACAGCAUAGUUUACAUCGCCAUAUGCGAGCGCUCAUACCCCCGCAAGCUCGCUUUCACCUACCUAUCCGACCUCUCCUCCGAGUUCAGCUCAACAUACACAAACGCGCAACUCACCGCACCCUCUCUGCGACCAUAUGCCUUCAUGGAGUUUGACACCUUCAUCCAGCGUACGAAAGCGACGUACUCCGACACGCGCGCGACACAGAACCUGGACAAGCUGAACUCGGAGCUGCAGGACGUGACGAAGGUGAUGACGAAGAAUAUCGAGGAUCUGCUGUACCGAGGAGACAGCCUGGAGCGCAUGGGGGAGAUGAGCUCCAGGCUCAGGGAUGAUAGUAAGAAGUAUAAGAGGGCGGCGGUAAGGAUUAAUUGGGAGCUGCUUAUGAAGCAGUACGGGCCGAUAGGUGGAUUGAUUCUGUUCAUCGUUGUAUUUUUGUGGUGGAGGUUUUUCUAGAGGAGCUGUGGCAAGGCAGUGCAAUCGUGGCGGGGAGAAUAGACUACCGAUGAAUGUCAGAGAAGUGCCAACGCGGGUGGGACAGUGGUAAUCUGGACGCGUGGAACGCGGCAAGGGAGAAGGAAAUAGGAGGAAAUGUAAUAUGAGAGACAGAAACGCGAGUUUCGCGUUAUGCUUGCAUAUCACGCGUCAGAUAGAGCUAAGCAAAUAUGAAGAAG